AUGGUUCCGCCCUCAGCAGUCCAUUUUCCAUUAAACCAGCCCAGGCCGCAUCCCAGAACUGACGAGGAAUUUUUUAGCGCUAAAACAGCAGGGUUCCUCUCAAUCCAUUUCAAAGCUAAUGCCGGCAAACGGUUAGCGGCUUUUCGUUUUCGUUACAAACCAAACGAGCAAACGCUUCAUUGCAGCUCCUUGCAUUCUCAUCGCCGGCAUCACGUGCGCACCUUGGCCGGACGUUUAGUUCAUCCCACAGCGCAAGUUCUGCAUAUCAAAGUGGCCCACUUGGCACUCGCAUUUGUUUUUGCCAGCUCCUUCGUCGAGACGACGGCGGCAGAGAUAGUGGGACGGCUCCGUAUUCGGGAGAGUCGACCCGUUCCACCCGUUCCGAGUGCGAGAGUAGGUCGAGGCCGUGAACGCCCCGGGUCCUCCAAUCGUUCGCUUUACCGGAUGAAAUUGCGACGAUCGAACGCCAGCUAUCCUGAAGGAAACUUCGAUAACCAGCUACUAGACAAUAUUUUUUGGUCUUUCGCCCCUACACCCGAUUCCGACGAUCGAUUUGCACGUCAGAGGCACUUCGGACUUCCACCAAAAUUUCCUUAUGGCUUCACACAAACCGGGCGUGAUUCGCCAUCUUUCGACAGAAACCGGCCGCUCGAAAGACCAGCCGAAUCGUACUCGGAGAAAAAUUACCGACCCGGGGGAAAUCCGCCCGCGCGCAGCUUAUAA